AUGUCAUCAGAAUUAGCAAAGCACCCUGAAACAAAACCACAAUGGUGGAAAGAGGCCACUUUCUAUCAGAUUUACCCGGCCUCCUUCAAGGAUUCGAAUAACGAUGGAUGGGGAGAUAUUAACGGUAUCAGAUCCAAACUUUCUUACUUGAAGAGUCUUGGCGUUACAGCAGUCUGGAUCUCUCCAUUCUACGACUCUCCUCAAAAGGAUAUGGGAUAUGAUAUUAGAGAUUAUGACAAGGUCUGGCCAACAUAUGGAACAAAUGACGAAAUUUUCCAGUUGAUCAACGAGGCUCACAAACUUGAUAUUAAGAUUGUGGUUGACUUGGUUAUCAAUCAUUGCUCAGACGAACACAAAUGGUUUGAAGAGUCCAGGGCAAGCCUCGACAAUCCUAAGAGAGAUUGGUUUUACUGGAGGAAGCCAAAGGGCUACACGAAGGAAGGCAAACCAAUCGCUCCAAAUAACUGGAGAUCAUGCUUUGGUGGAUCUGCAUGGCAAUAUGAUGAAAGAACCAAGGAGUUUUAUUUGCAUCUAUUUGCAGUUGGACAGCCAGACCUAAACUGGGAGAAUCCUGUUUGCAGGGCUGCCGUGUUUGAAGAUUCCAUGGGAUUCUGGUUAAGAAAUGGUGUUGAUGGCUUCAGAAUCGAUACCGCCUUUCUUUAUUCCAAGGAUACCACAUUCCCUGAUGCUCCUGUUACCAAUCCAAAGGAUGACUUCCAGGAUCCAGGCAACCUCGUUUCAAAUGGUCCUAGAAUUCACGAGUUCCAUAAGUUGAUGAACCACUUCAUGCUUUCUCAGAUUGAUGAUAAAAGAACGAUCAUGACCGUCGGAGAAGUUGGUCAUGCAGGUAAUGAUGCAAGGUUAUCGUAUACCAGUGCUAAAUCCCACGAAUUAUCCGAGAUCUUUACGUUUAAGCACACGGACAUUGGAACGUCGGAGAAAUUCAGAUAUAACUUGGCUCCAUUCACUUUGAAGGACUGGAAAUUGGCUGUCGCCGACUCUUUCCGCUGGAUUAAUGGUACCGAUUCAUGGUCGACCAUAUAUUUCGAAAACCACGAUCAGGCUAGGUCUGUUUCUAGAUUUACUGAUGAUUCGCCAGAGUCUCGUGUUCCUGCGGCUAAGAUGCUUGCUUCCCUUCAAAUCUGUAUGACAGGUACCAUGUAUGUCUAUCAGGGUCAGGAAUUGGGCUGCAUCAACCUGAAGAAUACCCCACUUAAGGAUUAUGAAGAUGUCGAAGUUAGAACAAACUAUAAGGUUAUUUCAGAAAAGUUUGGAAAAGACUCUCAAGAAGUCAAGGAAUUCGCGAAGGCUGUGGCCGUCAUGUCGAGAGAUCAUGCAAGAACUCCAUAUCCAUGGAGUUCUAAGGGACCAAAUGCUGGAUUUAAUGACUCUGCCAAGCCAUGGUUUAAGGUCAACGAGGCAUAUAAAGACGGUAUUAAUGAGGAGGAUGAAGAGAAAGAUCCAAAAUCUGUUCUUAAUUUCUGGAGAAAGGCUAUUAAAACUAGAAAGGAAAAUAAGAAUAUUCUGGUUUAUGGUUACAACUUUGAGUUCUAUGAGCUUGACAAUAACAAAAUCUUUGCUUUCACCAAGGAGUAUGAUGAUCAGAAGCUUUUUGCUAUUUUCAAUUUCACUAAAGAAGAUGUUUCCUUCCAGUUCCCAGAUUCCAAGAAAUACACUUUGUUCUUCGGUACGCAUGAUAAUGCCGAUGGCUCUGUCACAACCUUGAAACCAUGGGAAGGCCGCCUUUACCACGUUGAGUAA